GUGUUUGCUAAAGGGCUAUAAAAGUGUGGAACACUUUUGAUACGAAGCUAAAUAUGGGAAGCCCAGGUGAUUUUUCAUCUUAACACGCACAGUAUGUAUGUACACUAUUUGAAAUCAUGGCUAUGUCAAUACUGUGGCUAUAGGAGUAUUGUGUAUGUGUCUGAACUGUGAUUAAGGGACUGGGCUGUAGGAGGCGGUAGCGCUUACCGGAUAGUUCGAGCCAGCUCAAAAGAAGAAGAGUUGAGAGGCGAACGAGAGAUCUUUCUGUAUAUUACACGGUGUUGUUUUGAGGAUGUCAGUAAAAUGCAUCAUUAUUCCGCCGACAUUAUAAAACGGAAACACAAUAUGGGAUCGCUACUUCCACUAAACAAAUGCAGCGAUCACAAGUGGCGUCACUUCCGCGUUUGCUGUCAUCCGUCUCCAUUUUGGGUCGUUGUAAACAUUUCGUAGAAGAAGAAGAAAAUCACGUGACCUGUCACAACUCCGUUCAACAUGGCUGCUACAGUCUCUGCUUUUCAUCGAACCAGGCAUGGCUCGAAAUUGGGUGCCCAGUUCGAUCAAGACGGCAACCCUGUUCAGGUGGAGGCCCGGGAAGAUGAAGAGCAGAGCAUCAAGCUGGCGGAGAUCCUUGAGUUGCUUUUGGCUGCUGGGUAUUUCAGAGCCCGCAUUAAAGGAUUGUCACCUUUUGAUAAGGUGGUUGGCGGGAUGACCUGGUGCAUCACCACAUGUAACUAUGACAUUGACAUUGAUCUUCUUUUUCAAGAAAACUCAACCAUCGGCCAGAAAAUUGCAUUGACUGAGAAAAUUGUGUCUGUUUUACCAAAAAUGAAGUGUCCUCAUCUUCUGGAGCCUCAUCAAAUCCAAGGACUUGAUUUUAUCCACGUUUUUCCAGUAGUACAGUGGCUGGUGAAGCGAGCAAUAGAGACCAGAGAGCAAAUGGGUGACUAUGUGAGAGCUUACUCCAUAUCUCAGUUCCAGAAAGCUUACAGCCUUCCAGAGAAUGACGACGUGUGUCAAAGAGCCAAAGUAGUGGGAGCAGUGUCUGAUGUACUGGAAGUAUACAAACCACAGAGAAAGUACAGAAGGCAAAAGGAUGCAGGAGAACUACUGGAUGAGGAGUCCAAGGUUCACUCAACAUUACUGGAAUAUGGCAGGCGACAUGGAUUCAGCAAACAAUCCAAACAAGACAAGCUGGAUGACAAAAAAGCUCUCCCGGCUAAGGACCCUGUGCAAGAGGUUUCAGAAGAAGAAGCUCUGUGGGCCGCAGAGGAGAUACGGAUCAAAAGCUUAAUCACCAGAAUGGCUGCCAUGGCGGAUGAAGAGGGCCAACUGACUGCAAGCACAGUGGGGCAUAUAGUUGGACAACAGUCUGAGGAGAUCAAACUGAUCGCUUCUGCGUAUGCUGAGAAGCACUUGGAGGUAUCCUCAGAGGACUUCACAGAGCGCUAUGGCCCAUUGCAUCAGCACCUCAGAGCUGUUGCCUCUCUCAACAAACAAAUACAGCAGAAGACUGACCAACUUGGCGAGCUGCAAGCCAAUCUCGCAGAAGUAAAGAGAGGUUGCAACGAGGCCAAGAGAAAGCUGCUUGAGGCAACGGGGGAAUCAGAGAGAUUGAAGAAUGAACUGAUGACUUUAGAGGACAUGGAAAGUCAAGCGGACAGCAGCAUGUUGGAGAAGCUAAGGGGUCUGGUAACAAUGAAUGAAAACUUGAAAGUUCAAGAACAGGAGUUCCGUACACACUGCAGAGAUGAGAUGACCCUUCUGCAACGGACCAUUGAAGAAUUGAGGACAGCAUCUGGGCAGGAUACAGAGGAGGAGAAGGAAAGGAACCAACUGAUACACAAACAGUAUAACACCGACCGAGAGAAACUGCAAAAGAUCCGCCUACUCAUGGCUCGGAGGAAUCGUGAGAUUGUCAUUUUGCAGAGAAAAAUUGAUGAAGUGCCAAGUCGGGCAGAACUAACACAGUACCAGAAAAGAUUCGUUGAACUCUAUAGCCAAGUCUCUGCAACACACAAAGAGACCAAACAGUUCUUCACGUUGUAUAAUACCUUAGAUGACAAAAAGGUUUACCUCGAGAAGGAGGUUCAUUUGCUGAACUCCAUUCAUGACAACUUCCAACAGGCCAUGUCAUCCUCAUCAGACAAGGAGCAGUUCCUCAGACAGAUGGAGCAGAUUGUGGAGGGAAUCAAACAGAGUCGCAUCAAGAUGGAAAAGAAGAAGCAAGAGAACAAAAUGAGACGGGAUCAGCUGAACGACGAGUACCUGGAGCUGCUCGACAAACAGAGACUUUAUUUCAAAACUGUCAAAGAUUUUAAAGAGGAAUGUCGAAAGAAUGAAAUGCUGCUGUCCAAGUUGAGAGCUAAAGGAGCAUCUUAGCUGUAAAGGGUUUGUCUAAUAAUAAGAAAUAGUGUAUGUAAUCUGUUUAGAGCUUCUUUAAACAUAUUUACCAAGUGCUGAACUUCCAUGCUAUUUUUCGUUUUCAUUUGCAUUAAAACUCAUUCUCUGUGCCAUAUGCUAAAUGAGUAACACCUUACGGUUGUCUUGCCGGUGUCACCACCACAGUGGUCAUAGCCACACAAUACGUUUUGUUCAUGAAGUCAGGUAAAAUUAACAUUUGUUAUUUGCAUCAACUUGCAGUCUGUGAAGUUUGUGACUAUCAACGGUCGUAUCUCAUAUGAUGGCUUACUCUCAUUGUCCUCUUCAGCUUAAUCGUUUUUUGCUUGUUUUUGUUAUCAAUACAUUUUAUGUUAUUUCUUCAAAUCCUCAAAUUGCUUCACCGAAUGCUAAUUUUGCAUUUGCUGGUUUUCAUGGGGCUUCUGUGUCUUUACCUUUUUGACAUGAUUAGCAUCAUGAAUGAAUUGUAAGUAAAUGAAGAUCUGAAUAACUGGUAACAUGUCAAGGGCAAUCAUUUGAGAUUGGAUGUCAAGCUAAAAUAUUGUCACAAGUGCAAAAAGAAGUGAAAUUCUAAUAAAGUAUAACAUAAAAAAAACCUGUACCAUAUCAACAUUUUCUGACCUGAAAACAAGGAAACUUGACUUAUUAUUUUAUAUGAUAUUAUCUCUGUUCACGGUCACAGUGGGCUAACAGUACGGCAGUCUCCACCAUCAACUGAUUGCCAGUCAAUUGCAGGGCACAAAGACAAACAACCAUUCACACCUAUGGUAAAUAAAUAUGUUUGGAAUGUGGCAGGUAGCUGCUGUACAGUACCCGGAGAAAACUCCACACACAGAUGUCCAAGCGGAGAUACGAACCCAGAUCUUCCACAUCUCCUGUGUGGCCAACGCGCGGCCUUGAUUGGUUUUAAGAUGUAAGAUACAUUUUAUAUAACAUUCACACAUGUUCAUAGAUAAAAUGAUUAGACCAGCCUUGUUUCUUCCCUUUAUU